AUGGAUAUGUCAAACCAAGUUUUAGCGCACAUAUUAUUUGAACUUUUUGGAGAAAAUGUGGUUGAAAAAAGUAAUACUUUUGAAGACAACCUCAAAUUAUUGUCUACAUCAUUUUCUUCGUCACAACUUUUUGCUUCAAAAUAUUUGACAAAUAUUAACAAUUAUGAAUAUCUUACUUUUUUCAAAUCCCUUUUUCAAAAGGAUUCGAUGAUAACUUGGCUAUUCAAAAAUGAAUUGUCAGUUAUAAAAAACGUGAUUGCGUCUUUUUAUUUCAAGAGCUGUGUGCCUGAAUUUACAAACAGAGAUGAUCUUGGAUAUAAAAAUAGCGAUUUCAAAGAUAUCCCAAAAUUAUCAUCACUUGGAAUGGAAAUAUUUAUAGAAUUACUCAGAUUCUUUAAUGUUUAUGAAGAUAAAUCAACAUCCUUAUUUGUACACUGGAUUAAAUUGUAUUCUGUUUUGUUAUCGUUGGAACAUUCAGAUUCUAAUUUGUGGAGCGACAGUUGUUCAAAAAAAACAUUGAAAGUUUUAAAUAGUUUUUUGUUGCCACAAAACUCUAGCCUGAGCGAAAUUUUAUUAAUGAAAAGCCCGGAUUCAACAAAAAUGUACAUUUACCGAGAGUUGUUGUCUCUGAUACAACCGAAAUUAACGAAACAGAACUGGAAAUGGAAUCCUGCCUGUCCAUUUAUUUUCAAGCAUCUUGUGAAAAACAUCAAAUUUCCUCACGUCAGUGAAUGUCUUGAGUUCUUAUUACCACCUUGUUUGUUAUUGAUUGACGACUUUGAAGAUAAACAUAAAAUAAUUGGCUUUGAAUGCCUAUCACAUAUUUUGAGCAACAGCACUAAAGAAGAAGUUAAAUGGUGCAGCAGGAUUGAUGUUAUUUACGACUGUUGUAAUAGGCAGUUUUAUUGUAAAAAUGAGAACGUUGCAAAGCUUUUCAUACCAUGUUUGUUCCAGGUAUUGUCAAUUAUUGAGAAACCGUUAUCGGGUGUGGAUCGCGUCAGUCAAGAUACGUAUCAUGAUAAAUCGUUUCGUAAAUUUAUAAUGCAAAUGGACGUUGAAACACAAUUAGUUCUUAAGCUGAUAUAUAGCAGUUAUUUAAUCGAAUUCAUUAAAAUAAUGAAUUUGCAUUGUCUCAAGCAUCUAGUAAUACUUCUACCUUUGAUCAAAACUUAUUUGAAUAAUUAUUCAAGUGAUUGGAAUAAACAUUGUACAAAAAAUGUUUUAGUGUCGAUAUAUCAUCUAAUUCAAGUCAUUUGGCCUCAAAUUUCACUCCAUGUUUAUGAAAUACUUGAAUGCCUCUUAAUAUUAGUGUACAAUGUUUCUCAAGACAAAGAUUGGCCUAAUGAAUCAACCUGUGAAUUAUUGGAGUGUGCAAAAUCAUGCGUCAAUCUUCUCGAUCAACUUUCACCAUUAGACAUUCGAAAUUUAUUGGUAUCAUUAACUGAAUGUAAAAUAGAUUGUAAUAUUAGGAACAGUAUUUUGUUACUAACUGAGAAAAAUUGA